UUUGAAUAAAUACACGCGAAUUUGAACCAUUUGUCAUUCUAGCGUUGAAACUUCAGUGCAAAAGACGGAACAAUGUUCAAUUUGCGGUUGAUUGUUUUAUCAUUCAUGAUGGGUCAGCUGUCAUGCAACGAUGGACCUGUGGACAAAUCCUGUUUCGAGCUGAGGACUACCAAAAGAGCCGACGAUUGCUGUAAAAUUCCAGACAUUCUGGUGGAAUCUGACGAAUCGAUGGUGAGACGAUGCUUUGCGCAGCAAAACAAGACCUUAGAUGAGCACGAGACUGCCAAGUGCGCAGCGGAAUGCAUAGCUCGUGAACUUGGUACCUUCAAAAACGGAGCCCUGGACAAAGAACUCGCCAAAAAGGUACUUCUGGGCAGGCUUGAUAAGGAUAAAAAUUUCAAACCCAUUGUUGGAGGCGUUCUGGAUAAGUGCCUCGGUCGCAUAAAUGCAGUCAUCGAAAAGGAAUCAAAACGAAAUGGAACGUGCAACGCCACUGCAAAUUUCUUAUUCGACUGUGCCGAACAGGGAUUAUUUGAGAAUUGCCCUUCUUCCGUCUGGGAUUCGAACGACGGAUGUGUUGAGCUGAAAAACAAACUAGCCCAGGGUUGCCCAUACAGUGCUAUUGCCGAAUAGUGUUGACAUUGUGGAAUAUUCUUGACAACUAAAUAAAUGCACCAGAGUUAAUAAUGUUCACUGGUAUACGAAAUAAUCAUAAGAACAUCGGACAUAAACGUUACUUUCUCUGAUUUGACAAUCCCAUUACUCAGAGCGUUAAUGAUUAAUGAUUAUGAUUAAUAAAAAAUGCCAAUCAUAAAU